GCGGCAACUUCUCGCAGCCCCAGCGAGCAAGUUGCACUGCCGCGCAAGACGCGCCCGCCUCCGCACCUCGCCCGCGCAGUCGGCUGCGUGCCCGCGCCUCGGUGUGAGUGCGAGUGUGUGUAUCGAAGGGGUGCGUGUGCAAGCGAGCGAGCGAGCAGUGAGCAGCACCUGCCGAAGCUGAGCGCGGGUGCGGAGCGAAGCGCAGGGCGCGGCGGGAGCCGCUCGGGGCGGGCCGGUCUAGGCUGGGUCCGCGCCCGCCGCCGCCGCCGUUGCUGCACCCUCCCGGCUGCGAGUCCGCCCGGCUGCGGAUCACGUGGCGGUUGCCGGAGGCAGAGGCUAGAGAGGAGAGGAAAAAAAAAGCGCCUCAUUCCUUCUUCCACCGCCAUACUGUAUUUUAUAGUAACUCUCAUUUUUAUUCCACCCUUUUACUCCCUCUCGUGGAAGGUUUUCCUGGAGAAUGAAGUGCGGUUUGGUUUCCUUGUCAACGGAAGAUGAAGUGAACAACUGAACAUCUCCCCAGUGCAGCAAAUUGAAAAGUCUACGCUCCACAGCUUUUUCCUGGAGCUGAGUCUGUUAAGAACAAGUGGAACAGGGUUAAAGCCAAGUAAUCCAACCAUGACCGGCAAAACACAGACCAGCAACGUCACCAAUAAGAAUGACCCAAAGUCCAUCAACUCCAGAGUCUUCAUUGGCAAUCUGAACACAGCCAUUGUCAAAAAAGGCGACAUUGAAGCGAUCUUUGCAAAGUAUGGAAAAAUAGUUGGCUGCUCAGUGCACAAAGGUUAUGCAUUUGUACAGUACAUGAGCGAGAGGCAUGCGAGGGCUGCAGUGGCAGGAGAAAAUGCCAGGAUCAUCGCAGGGCAGCCACUAGAUAUCAACAUGGCAGGAGAGCCAAAACCAUACAGACCAAAACCUGGCAACAAGCGGCCACUUUCAGCACUUUACAGACUUGAAUCAAAGGAGCCCUUCCUGUCUGUUGGCGGUUAUGUCUUUGAUUAUGAUUACUACAGAGAUGAUUUCUACAAUCGGUUGUUUGAUUACCACGGUCGUGUCCCCCCACCACCUCGUGCAGUGAUUCCACUGAAGCGUCCUCGUGUGGCUGUGACAACAACUCGCAGAGGCAAAGGGGUUUUCUCCAUGAAAGGAGCAUCACGAUCCACCUCAAGUGGGGCUUCUUCCUCAGGAUCCAAAUCACCCACCUGUCUUCCCCUGCCCCUUAUGUGGAGUGAUACUGUCCUUGGAAGCGUCACUGGAAGAGGAAGAGAAAGAUCAGUGAAAUCAGAUGAGUUGCAAACAAUCAAGAAGGAAUUAACCCAAAUCAAAGCAAAAAUUGACUCCUUGCUAGGGAGACUGGAAAAGAUUGAAAAGCAGCAAAAAGCUGAAGCAGGUGCAGAACCCGUCCCCCAUAUUCCUUGUCUCAUCAGAAGGUAUGAGGAGAAACAACACCUCAGAGAGCCCAGUAAGCAUGGAUCCUCGUUUACGUCUCCUGAGCUAAUAAAGAAGGUUAUGCAACCUGGGUGAUUAGUCUGCAGAUGAUUGCUUCCUCAGCUUAAAGAGAAAGCUACUUCAGUAGCUAAACUAUUUCAUUUACCGUGUCAGAUGUGUGAUGAUUUUGUUCCUUCUCUAUGAUUUCGCAAUAUUAUUUCUUACUUUCUUCUGCCAGAAGGUGUGGCCUCACUAGACUGGAAUCAGAAAGAGGACCUAUGUCUCAUUUACACAAAACAAAAACUGAGACAUCAUGUUGCCCUUUUGUUUUUUAAGUUUGCAUCUCUUUCAGAAAGAACAUUUAAUUAUUAAUCUUAAAAGUUGUACAUCUGGUGGAAUGUGAUACAUUAAGCAGACAAGCUGGACAAGUUCAGUGCAUAUGUUGGUUACUGCUCUACAGCUGCGUGAAAACUUCUUAUAGCUGAUGUUCUGUCUUUUACUAUUAAGUGACCACUGCAGUAGGGGGAUAUAGAUGAAAGGAUUUCCUGUAUAUAGGGAAACUUCAGGAAUAGCUUCUUUGUUUGUAAAAAUCUGAAUUAGGAAGCCAGGGAUAAGAAGGUGUUCUGAUGUGAAAAAAAAAAAAUUGUGAAAUGAAAAUAUUCUACCUGUAUUAUCAGAAAUGGAUGCUGAAAGGUAGGAUCACAGGGUUAGCUUCUCAGAAGAGCCCAAGUUAGAUGCUAAGCCAGUAUUUGAGACUCUUCUGAAGAACCCAGAAAAGAAUUCAGAAAAUUAACUGAGUGACCUAAUUUUUUUAGCAGUUGUAUCCGAAAAGUUUUCCCAUUUGAAAGUACCAAGUCCAUAAUUUCAGGAACCCUUUCUGAAACCCUUGACCAAAGUUGAUUCAGUGUGUCACUGCCACAGCUGGGUUAAUCUCAAAAGUGUCUUGAGGCAGAAGGUGGUGAUGGAAUCAUUAGGCAUAGCUGAUUCCAUCCACAUCUCCUUGUGUAGUAAGGCAAGUAACACAAUAAUUUAUAACUAGUAUGGAACUUUAUAGACCUCCUUACAUAUAGAUGAUGAGGUUCCAUGGGCUGAAUCUUCUACUACUAUGUGUGACUACAGUACUGUUGAAGCAGUUAUUUAAGAUUACUUUUAUUCUUUAAGCCCAAGAAUCUUUCUGAAGAAAUUAUGUGACUAAGGGAUAAAAGCUUCAUUGUUCUAUGUCUUCAGCUAAUGAAUUUGAAAAUGAGGGACUAGAGACUAACAAAGACUGAAGAGAUGAAAGUAAGUUGCAAAAUAAAUGUGCACAGGCAGAAGAAAAAAAAAAGUCUUGGUUUAAGACUAUGAUAAAGAAAAGUAUGAGCAGAUUUGAAUAUUGUAUGCAGUUGGUAAUAAUUCAUAGUAAAAUAAUAAUAUAUUCACAGAGCUGAAAAAUAUAGAGCUUCACAGGCAAUCUGCAGAUUCAUUGGCUGUCCAAUAAGAUAGGUGAUGUACUACUAGCAUUAUGGAACAGUUAAUCUGACAAAGAAAUAAAUGGUUUUGUUCUAGAAAUUUGAUUAUUGAUGGGUAUUGUCACCCUCAGACUGCAAAGACAUUGGUAUUCCAGCUACAUGCAACCAAUUCUCUGGCCUGUAUUCACUUUGAGUAUAUAAAGCUCUUCAUCUAACUCCUGAUAUGCAUAGGAAUAAGACUGAUCCCUCAAACCAUUCUACUGGCCUCUCUGUCUCUGUCAUUCCUCCCUCAAUCCUCCUCCGGAUUUCUGCUGGCUGGAUGAAAUUCCUCAGCAUAUCCAGGAGUCUUACAAUACAUAUUCACAAACAAUGCAGUUAUCUGCGCUAAGCCAAGUAGAACAGAUCCUCUGGGCCUCCACGGAAAUGUUCUUCCUUUUCACCGCCUUGCAGAAAUUAUAGGAAGCCUAAAGUUGGGUAGUUGGAAGGGGCAUUCUCCAUUUACCUCAGCACAUUAUACCAGUGAGGAGAAACAGCUACUUUACUUCAUAUGUAAAAUAUAAAAAAUAUGUUCAGUUGUCUGGAAGGAUUUGAUUUCUAUGGUGGUUGAGAUAUAUUCACAACAAAUUUAUGCAAAUCUUUGUUCACUCGUUGGCAAUUAACAGCCUUCCACUUCUCAGAACAUAGAGAUUUAUGUAGUUCUCAUUGGCUGCAAAUAAAUAAAUAUAUAGUGAUUAUGCCAAUUGAAUUCCCAAGGCAAAGUCCAGAAAAUCAAAAAGCUGGAUCCACUGGUAAAUCACACCUUCAUCUACUGCAUGGGACAGAUGAGCAUGUUUGUACUAGAUUGACUUAUGCACUAUUUUUUUUUAAACAAGGGGUUUGAUCACAUUGGCAUGGUAAAUAUUGACACACUGAAUUUUACAAAGCUAGCACAUCUGGAGAGGGGAAGCUUAUGUUUCUUCCUCAGAGCACUUUUCUUUGUCACCAAUAGGGAAGGUUACUGAAUCUCUAUAGAGUAUGUUUUC